GGAGUUCAGUGCCUGUGACCAGUAGCAGUGUUCCUGCAUUUUCUGCUGCUUCUGGGGGAUCUGGAGGAUUUCUGGAUUUAGACAAGUUCAAGAAGCCUGAAGGAAGCUGGGAUUGUGAGGUCUGCUUGGUCCAAAACACAGCAGAAGCCACAAAAUGUGUAGCUUGUGAAAGUGCAAAGCCAGGCACCAAAGUAGAACUCAAAGGCUUUGGUACUGCUGCUGUGUCCACAAAUGCUCCAGUGCCAUCAUUUACAUUCGGUGUCCCGUCAUCCUCCUCUGAAUCUUCUCAUACAAUAAGUAGCACAGGAAAUUUUAAGUUUGGAGAACAAGGGAGCUUCAAGUUCGGCAUUGCAUCUGAAUCUGCAUCCUCCAACACUAUGACUGGGGGAUUUAAGUUUCCUACUGGUUCAGGGGGCUUCAAAUUUGGAGUUUCUUCCUCAGACUCUAAAUCAGAAGACAGUAAAAAAGAAAAUAAAAGUAACAGUUUUACUUUUGGACUUCCAUCUACAAGCAGCCAGGCUCCUUCAACAUUUCAGUUUGGGACAGCGAGCCUGGGACAGCAGGAAAAGAAAGAGGAACCAGUGUUGGGAGGCUUUGGUUUUGGCACAAGUUCUACUUCUUCCAUAGCUACCAAUGAGAAUAAAACCGGGGUUGGUGGCUUCGCUUUUGGAACUGUGGCAGAAAAGGAGGUAGCUUCACCUGCUUUUGCAUUUAAGAAGUCAGAUGAAAAAAAAGAUGAAACACUUCCGACGAAGGGAGGAUUCUCUUUUGGCAGUGGGGAGUCUGCACCUGCCUCACAGUUUGUUUUGGGAAGGACAGAAGAGAAACAGGACUCUCUCACUCCUGCCGCUCCAUUAGCAUUUGGAAAGAAAGCUGACAAUGAAGAGUUAAAGACACAACCUAUCUUUUCAGCUGGCACGGCUGAGCAUACCAAAGAGGAGAGCACAGCAAAACCUAUAUUCAAUUUUAGUUUUGUUAAACCAUCGGAGAAGGAAAGUGAGCAGGCAAAGCCAUCUUUUGCAUUUGGGGCACAAACCAGUACUUCAGAUCAAGGAGCAGCAAAGCCAUCCUUCAGCUUCUUGAGCUCUAGUUCCUCCAGCACAGUCGUACCCACCACUUCAGCCAGUAGCAGCAAUGUGUUUGGCAGCGCCAUCUCCUCCUCGAAUCCUCAGCCAGUUCCCGCUCCCUUCGUGUUUGGACAACCCAGCAACACUGUGAGCAGCUCUGUUUUUGGCAAUUCUUCAGAAUCUGCAGCCUCUCAGUCGUUUGGCUUCUCUCAAGAAAACAAACCAGCAACUACAUCUUCCAGCACUGGCACAGGUCUUACUUCAUUUCUGUUUGGCUCAGGAGCCACCAGUACCAAUGCAGCAAAUUCAGGCUUCACCUUCGGAGCCACAACCACAUCGAGUUCUACAGGGUCAUCUGCUUCGUUUCUGUUUGGCUCUGGGCCUCCAGCGCCGGCUGCUGGCCCAGCAUUUGGCACCAGUCAGCCACCAGCGUUUGGCCAGAGCCAAGGGUCCGGCCAGCCAAGCGCUCCAAGUUUUGGAUCCCUGUCGACAACGUUGUUUUCAGCUGGCGCUCAGCCUGCUCCUCCUGCCUUCGGCUCCGUGACGAGCAGCACUCAGCCCUCUGUGUUCGGACAGCAAGUGGCGCAGCAGCCGGGGUUUGGCUCUGGUACCCCCAGUGCUGGUCCUGUAUUCCAGUUUGGAAGUAAUACUUCUAAUUUCAACUUCCCAAAUAACCCAGGAGUAUUUACUUUUGGUGCGAAUCCUCCUGCACCAGCAGCACCGGCACAGCCUUCCGGCUCGUCAGGAUUUUCGUUCAGCCAGCCUCCAGCUUUUACAGUGGGGACUAACGGGAAAAACAUUUUCUCUGCCUCUGGAUCUUCAGUGUCUGGUCGGAAGAUAAAGACUGCAGUUAGACGUAGAAAAUAACCGCCCGAUUGGUAAAGCAAGUUCCGAAGCAGCUACUACCCUGCAUUGUUCAGUUUUUGGGAUCGUACCUCAUGCUGGGUUAGCUGAAGACAGAUCUGCCUAGAGGAAUAUAGAACUCUGCUGCCCUUUCCUUCCCUCCCCUCUCCCCAGUUAGGUUUUUUUUUUGGUAACGAAUAGAGUUGGCAACGGGGCCGUUCUCGAGCAAAACUAUUUUAGACUCCAGCAAGUUCCUUCUUUCACUGACUCGGCAUGGUCUGGCUGUAGCCGUGAGUAGAGCCUGCACAGUGAAUGGCUUGUACAAUACCUCUUCAUCUGCACCACUAUGUGCGCUCAUCUGCGUUUACUGACGCCUCGACAUUGUAAUUAUAUCAGCGAGGGAUGCUGUAUAGAGUAGAGAAUGUUGAUAACGAAUGAUUUCUAUGCUGAGUUUGUGCCGGUGUAUGUGUGAAGUGAGUGAGUUUGGGUGUAUUGUGCACUAAAAUUUUCUGAUAGAGGAAGACUGAUUAAAGGAUGAUCCAUGCUAAGGACUUGUUAGAUCUGUAGUUCUUCAUUUAAUAAUUAUAUGCUAUUUCUAUAUUUUCAUUCUUACAGCCCUUUAUCACCUGUCUCGCCUUUGUUAUUUUAUUAUGAAACAUGUGUAAAUACAAUUUUGUUUCUCUAUGUACUUUUUUGGCAUAACAGAUCUGUGAAAUGGAAAUUUUAAUUUUGUGUGUUACGGCCAUUUUUGUUUAGUAUUGUCUCAGAUUUUAUGUAAAUCCCAUUAUUCAAAGUUGCCUAAAUCCAUUUAGAAAAUCUUUAAAAUUGGGAAUUCUUAAAGUAAGUUUAUUGGCUUUUCUGAUCCAUUUUUGUUUGGACCAAAAACCAGUAUUGUACAAAGUAUUAAGUAUAUAUUUUUAUAUUUACUGAAAUGGACUGUGGUGACUUUGGAUAAUAAGGAAAAGUUUAAUAUUAAAGCCAUGUUUAUUACAGUAUAAUUAACAUGUUAAACCAUGGGAUAAAUGCCAUCAAUAAAAACUAUG